AUGUCGAAGAAGGUAGAGAAGAAGGGGUCCGAGAAGCUGUCCGAAAAGGGCUCCGUGAAAGACCUGAAGCCCAGCAAGGCGUUCGACCCCAACAAGUACGCGAAAACGGGAAUCCCGGUGGCCACCAUCAGCAAGAUGAAGGACUGCUUCGACCUGUUCGACCGGGACAGCUCGGGCAGCAUGUCCCCCGACGAGCUGAUCUCGGGGCUGAUGGCGCUCGGCAUCGAGGAGGAGGCGAACAAGAUCUGCACCCUGGUGCGCUCCAUCUCUGCGGACCGCGGCAUCGAGGAGAUCGACUUCGAGAACUUCGUGACGAUGUUCUGCAGCCCCUCGACGGGGUCGGAUGAGCGGACGAAGACGGUGUUCAAGGAGUACGACAAGCUGAAGGAGCGUUACACAGACCCCGAAAUCGAGCUGAUGCUGUACCACGCGGACAAGGACAAGGACGGACAUCUCACCUACGAGGAGUUUGAGGCCGUGCUCAAGAAGUACGGCCGCUGA